GUUUCAUCAUGGCCUUCGGUCGUGGCCUGAAAGGAAAAUGCUACCGCAUCCCGAGCCAACCUGCUUUCGCCGACGCUCGGAACACGGCCUGCUUCUGCUCUCUCUGCCUCUCGCGCUGACGAGCGACGUUUCCGCCACCGGCUCUGGACCGUCCCCGUACCCCCCGAAAAAGGCCCCCCUCUGGACUGCUACGGGCUGCCCGUUCAGCGGGUCCUUGCUCAGACUCCUCCACGGCCUGCGUUUUGUGGCGUCAUUGUCGGGCAUGGGCACAUUGGGCCUUUUUUUUUCCUGCUCAUCCAGCAACUGCGUGGUGGAUAAGAGGAGUGCGUUAGCGACUCGUCCGAAGGCGUCGCCAGCAGAGCUUCUUCUCGUCUCCGGCCUGGAAUUGGCCUCACUGUGCCCGACGACUGUUGUCCUGAAGUCUUCGUUUUCCCUCUCUCUCAGCCUGAGGCUGUCGGUCGCGUCCGCUCCAGCGUCAGAUAUCCGCCGGGCCGAGUUUAAGCGCAAAAGUACCUUGCAUACAGAACAGCUCUUGUGGUGCUCGACAGGUGCGGAGUCUUCAGCCGGACUGCAAGAAACGAACUCUCCCCAAGCACACCCAUUCACCACCAGCUGUCCGCUGCCGUCAUACACAAAAGGUGUCGCGUGUUCAUCUCGUGAGCACGCACACUUGGCUGACCGUGGCCUUCUCCGUUUUCUUCUCGACCUCCACCACGAUCCGCGGCCAAACGGCGCCUAGAGUCGGCGUGAUCAGCCCGGUUCCCCCGCUCAGAAAGGAGCUUCCUGCUGUUUGAGAAUCGGGGCAUUCGUCGCGUCCGACAAAAGCGAACGCCUUCGUGCGACCGCAUAUACGUCCCGCGCUUGCUCCCGCUGUCUAUACCUGUCCAGGGUCCCGUUUGCUGUCUUAAUUCAGAACACUAACUGCCCGAACCCGAACGAGCGACACCAUGGCUGUGGAUCCCCGGCCGCCGGAGCAAUUCGCCCAGGAAAUGAAUCGCGUGCCUCAAGGAAACUUGAUCAGGCCGUCACGGAAAACUAACGGUGUUGGCGUGCAGGCUGAUGAUACCAAGAUUUGCGUCGUCAUGGUGGGGCUGCCGGCUAGGGGGAAGAGCUUGAUUGCGCAAAAAGUCGUUCGCUACCUCCACUGGCUCUCUAUCUCGGCGAAAACAUUCAACGUGGGCCAGUAUCGACGGACAGCGACUCCUAACCCUUCGGCCGACUUCUUCGAUACCAGCAACACUGAGGGCGAGAAGAUGAGGAAAGCGGCUGCUGAAGCCGCUGUGGCAGACAUGUGCAAGUGGUUCGCAGAGGGACGAGGCUUGAUCGCCAUAUUGGACGCCACCAACAGUACGAAAUCUCGGCGGAGAUGGAUCCAAGAGCGUUGUGAUGCAGAGGGCAUAGAGACUUUGUUUGUUGAAAGCAAGUGCGACGACGAAGACCUCAUCAUGUCAAACAUUAUGGAAGUCAAAACGACAAGCCCAGAUUAUGUGGGCCAAGAUCCCGAGGAGGCAGCAAAGGAUUUUCUCAAGCGAAUACGCAACUACGAGAAAGUUUACCAGACGAUCGACGAGGACGAAGCGCAUCUGACAUACGUCAAACUCAUCAACGUGGGCAGUCACGUCAUCAUCAACAAGCUCCAAGACUAUCUGCAAAGUCGAGUGGUUUACUACCUCAUGAAUCUGCACAUCAAGCCCAGAUCGAUUUGGUUAUCUAGACAUGGAGAAUCCAUGUACAACCUCGAAGGCAAGAUUGGCGGUGAUGCUGAUCUUUCCCCUCGAGGCGAAGCGUACGCACGAGCUCUGCCGGCGCUGGUUCGACAAGCAGUUGGCGACAAUUGCAAACUCACAGUCUGGACAUCGACGCUCAAGCGAACCAUUCAAACAGCGCGAUUCCUGCCCUUUGAGAAACUUGAGUGGAAGGCACUUGACGAGCUCGAUUCGGGUGUCUGCGACGGCCUGACCUACGGCCAGAUCGAGGAGCAGUAUCCCGAAGAUUUUGCGGCUCGAGACGAGGACAAAUACAACUACCGCUACCUCGGAGGUGAAUCGUACCGAGACGUCGUCAUCCGUCUGGAGCCCAUCAUCAUGGAGCUCGAGCGCUCGGAGAACAUCCUCAUCGUCACCCACCAAGCCAUUUUACGCUGUAUAUACGCUUAUUUCAUGAACGUGCCCCAAGAACGCAGCCCUUGGAUGGAAGUUCCACUGCAUACGUUGAUACAGCUUACGCCUAAAGCCUAUUCCACGCUGGAGAAACGCUUCAAGGCCGAUAUCCCAGCCGUGAGCACGUGGAGGGGCAAAGGCAGCAGCGCGAAGCACCAUCCACCUCCUGCAGAGGUCCCUGGUUCUCAUGGUUUCGAGGCGACAUCGAAUCCUACAAUUGAGAUAGUGUCUUCGUCAACGACGAACAGCUAGUUACGACUGCUGGCAGAUAGAAAAGUAGGACCUAGGGCGAAUUUUUUUACGGGAACGGGUUCAACGAGCAUCGUGAGAGAGCGGCGCUUGCUCGCUUUUAAUGUUACCAAUAACGACGGAAACGAGAUAGUACUAUUAGCACAUUUGUUGGAAAAUAGUGUGGACUAAUCUAGCACUAGCAUAGACUUUGUAUCGGAAACGACGCUUCUCCUGGCAAUAUUCGUUAACCCCUCCCCCAUCCAAUUUCGUGUCUUUUUGCAACAAUGGACUCUCUAAUUGCAGUCCGUCUGCAAUCGAAAACUCCAGAAAUCAACCCGAUCGUGCCAUGCAGGGGACCCGUGUAAUGGCGCGAUUCCGCAAAUCAGGAAUGGGCUGUGGCUUCUACGACCACCAGCCGGCUUCAUACGUUAGCAUCGUGCUUGAAUCGAGAGACUUGUGACAUUGAAACUUUGUAAGAGUUGCGCUCUGCCACAGGACGCGAAGCGGCCGCAUCAGGCUGGGAAUGACGGGAGACAGGCGAAACUGCGAAUUUUGGGAGCGAUGCAAAGGGAGGG